GGCUUCAGAGAUAUGAGGGAGCCCAUUUAAGCGCCUUUAAAAACCUAGACCUCGCUAGAAAAUCAGAAACCCUAAAGCAGAGCCAUUGUGGUGUUGCAGCAGCCGCAGAGCACUCUUAAGCACAAUCACUCUCAGAUCUCAUCUUCCUCAGAACCAUGUCGAUUUCAGAGAUUGCUUGCACCUACGCCGCUUUGAUCCUCCACGACGAUGGCAUCCCCAUCACUGCUGAGAAGAUUGCCGCUUUGGUCAAAGCUGCCAAUGUCUCUGUCGAGUCCUACUGGCCUGGUUUGUUUGCCAAGCUUGCCGAGAAGAGAGACAUCGGUGACCUCAUCUUGAAUGUUGGUGCCGGAGGCGGUGGUGGUGCUGUUGCCGUUGCUGCCCCAGGUGCAGGCGCCGCCGCCCCUGCUACAGCUGCUCCAGUGGAAGAGAAGAAGGAGGAGCCAAAGGAAGAGAGUGAUGAAGAUAUGGGAUUCAGCUUGUUCGACUAGGAGCUCCUUUCAGAAUUAUAAGCAGUGAUUUUAUGUUUCAGAACUUGUAGUACUUUGGAGACUAUUUUACUUUAUUUAAUCUAGUAGAGGGUUUCUCCCUUUUGGUUUUGGAAUUGUGUAUUGGUGAAGACAGAUUGUUCAGAGAGUCAUGAGUUUCUGGGCAUUCAUCUUAAUUUUGAAUAUUUGCGUUUAAGCUUCUUGAUAUAUAAUUAUGUUGCCCAAAGAUUUACCUGCA